AUGGAUGCUGACGCCGCCUCUGGCACGUUAGCUAUUGAGGAAAUGGCCCAAACCAUCCAAGAUGUGCGUGUUAUCGCCCGCCAUGUUGAUUUGAUGCGGCUUCUCCUUCCUCCUGCCUCAGCCUCUUAUGUAGCUGCGAUUAUAAGUGUGCCACCAGACCUGCUUUGGGAUGCUAUUCUUCUAAUAUAUUUUUUUCUUCCCUUUAUCUGCAGAAUUUCCCACGUCCUACUUUGCAAUGUAACCCAGAGGGUGUCAUUCUGGUUUGUGGUUACUGACCCUUCGAAAAAUCAUACCCUCCCUGCUGAUGAAAUACAGAGGGCCAUCAGAAUGAAUCGGAAUCGGAUCAACAAUGUCUUCUUUUUGAAUGACCAGACUCUGGAAUUCUUAAAAAUUCCUUCCACUCUUGCACCACCCACAGAUCCAUCUGUGCCCAUCUGGAUUAUUAUAUUUGGUGUAAUGUUUUGCAUCAUUAUAGUUGCAACUACACUAUUGGUUUUGUCAGGGAUCCGGCGACGUAGAAGGAAGAACAAAGGAUCAUCUGAAGUCGAUGACACAGAGGACAAGUUUGAAAACAUGGCCACAAUUGCAAAUAGCAUCGCUUGUGAUUCCCUGGACAUGAAAGGAGGGCUCGUUAACGACGUCUUCAUGACGGAGGAUGAGCGGCUCACCCCUCUUUGAGGGGAUGCUGUUCUGCUUCUCCAAGAAACUUAACACUUAUUUCUGUGCUACUGCUAAGAAUCCCAGAUUACCAAGGGCAGGUCAUAUAUUUUAUUUCACCAUUGUUUUUUGGAAGAAAUCUUGAAUGUUCUUGAAAGUGAUAAGUAAUCAACUAUACC